GCAACCGGCCCCCCGCCCCUCCUUCAACUCGUCCUCGCCCGCCCCAUCUCAUCUUCAUCUGAUCGAGUGCAUGGAAACACGGUUGUUUUGCAACGUCACAGUGAAUGGAGGGCGUUGACAUUCCAUGAAGAUGACCCGGACACAUCCGCCUGACAUCCUGACAUCAGCUCUGUAUCAGGACGUUCCUCUCUAUCCAACCGCCGAACACGUCGUUUCCCCUCACUCGUCUUUGCAAUGUGACUUGAAGAUGAUCGAUAAAGCGGAAAUCGUCAACAAAAGACACUGCCGCAGCUUCGACUUUCUGGAAACGCUGGACGACCCGCAGUCUGCGUCAUCCCGGAUGGAGUAUCCUUUUAAACGGCCGGAACAGCAGACCUUACGCAAAGACCUAACGUGGAAUGGACUAGAUCAACCGGGAUAUCUUCGCUUUUCAUCUCCAGAUUUGUUUAACUCCAGGCAAAUCCAAUCGCACACCACCCAAGACAAAAGCAGCCACCUCACGUGGUCGGAUUCUGUCAACAGAAAAAGAUCUCGGAGUGCUCCCAGAAUCAAAUCCACUCUCACUCCUGUGCCCAUCUCUGUGUCUCCAGUGGAGGCUCACAAAGACAAGGAUGCCCUCGAAACUUUGAGGCCCUCUGAAGCGCAAAGAGAGACAAAUUCCUCCAAUAGGGCUUUUUUGAACGAGGUCCAUCCCAAUAAACUACAACCCCAUUCUCCCCUCUAUGUGUCUGAUUGUUUUGAUGAGGGUAAAUCAGAAAAACCAGCUGCAACGCCUCACGUCAGGUGCCGCGUAGACAUUAAACCAGAUGCCGCUGUAAUACAACACGCGUCUCGGCAGAUCCCGGCCUGGCAAAGAUACUCUCAGGCCAGUAGCGCUCGAGGUUUGUAUGUGCCACGGCAGAUUUCCUCACCUGCACCGACUCCGAGUGAAUGCUACAAUGGAGAUUUUCGCCAAGGCCAUCACUACGCCACAAGCAUGUCUCCCGUCUCUUACCAGCAUCAAGACAUGUACCGGAUGCCCUCGCCAACUGCAAUGUAUCUGAACAAGGAACAAAGAGCUUACUCAAACCCAAACAUCCCAACAAAGUUUUUCUAUACAGAGGACCCACUUCGAUAUUCAGUUCAUCCUUAUUCAAGAGCAUAUUUUCAGGACGACAGGUCCAGUUUAGCCAGCCGUGGAAGUACUAUGACGAGUCCUUAUGAUCCAAGAAAUCGAUGGGUGCAUACCCUUCCUCUCAGGUCAUAUUAUACUGAUCAUUUCUCAAACCAAGAGCCAACACACUCUGUAUUUAGUACACCAUACCCUACAAGUGAGGCAGGCUCCUACUUUUCUCAAACCCCCUCAAGCUCUUACUUUGGGGAUGACCCUCGUUUCAAUCCCUACUACCAAAGUUGCUCAAAUUUAUAUUAUAACAAUCCGUUCAACUCUCACGAGGAGCGAUACUUCCCAUCGAGGCAGUACCACACAGAAGGGCGACGACGCCCUCGCAUGUCGCAGGCGUUUUCCGAUGACUGGUAUCACUCAAGCGUAUCUGGUUACUCCAACCAGUCUUCUCAGCUCACCCCACCGAGAGUACGGACAGACACGGGUAUACCCCCGUGGUAUACGACCUACAGCGCAGAGACAAGUCGGCUUAGGACAGAAGCCAAAAACCACUCCAAGUCUUGGGACAAUAUUCUAUAUCCCCGCAAUGACAGAGAGCAACCAGUGCCUCGUGGAAGGAGCUACGAGAAUCUGUUUCACCAAGCGAGGUACGGGGCAUCUCCCAAUGUCUCAUCUCAACCCGUCAUCCUUAACCUUUCAAGUUCACCGAAGCGCUACGCUGCCUUGUCUCUCUCGGAGACGUCUUUAGACCGAGGUCCGAGUAAUCCCUGGAAGAAUAGCAAGACUGGCCACUGGUUUGUGACUCCCGAGAUCACCAUCACGGACAAUGACAUAUGUACAGGCAGCCGUGAGCGGCGUGGGCUGCACACCGUCAACUGGAAUACGAUGGACAGUGAAAGGAAAUCUGCUCCAAGAGCAACUGACCUUAAGAAGUCAUUCAACACUGCAGAAAUGACCAAAGAAAGGAAACGUAACAAUGUCUCCCUUCAGCAGAGUCUGGAGCAACUUGAUGAGUUGUUAGCUGACUUAGUGGUUGAUUACAAACCACCGACCAGCGGGAAGCCGAGUGGGGACUUUCUGGAUCAGCUUAAACAACUGAUUACGGAAGAUGAUGAAAAAGUCAGGGGAUCUUCUGAGCUUGAAAAUCGUGAAUGUCUGAACACGCAGCUUCCAUCGUCUAAAUCCAGCCCUGACACGAUCAAAGACCCCGAUAGCGGCUGUGAUGCUUUACAAAGAAGUGCGGAAGAAUGUUCUCCGGACCACAGCGUGGAGGAAGAGGAAACCAUGGUGUGCGCCAACAACAAAUGCAAGCGUGCCGAAAACAUGUUCAAUGCGUGCUUGUACUUCAAAUCAUGUCAUAGCUGUUACACCUUUUACUGCUCGCGAAACUGUCGGAGGGACGACUGGGAGACCCACAAAGAAACAUGUCUGUACGGCCGCGUGAGCAGCGUGUGUCGGCACGCUAUCAAGUUCUGCAGAGAAGAUUCAGAGAUUCAUAAAGCCUUCUCUCGUAUCGCUAAAGCUGGUUACCUCUCCAGAGGCAGAGGUGUCCUCUUUCUGGGUUUUGCCAAUCCGGAGACCGCUGAUAACUUUCUUCAAGCCGGGCUCGAGAGCCUCGUCAUGUCGCCCACAUACCUGUCUCUCCGAGAACUGGAUGGCUUUAAGGACAACUUAGGUGAAUACUGCAUGGAACUUCAGCAGGCAGGUCGUGAGUAUGAUCCCAGUGAAUGUUUCCUCUUGAAUGUAUCUGUGGCUGUUGGUGAACUAGUGCCUAAUAGACCCUCACCGAGGGUCCAAACGCCAACGGUUCGAAAAUAUGCAAAGGUAUCCUUGGCUUCUUCGAGCCCGGAAAAAAAGCUAAUGAAAAAGGAUAGUGAAAUGGACACUCUGAUCCUUACCCCGCCACCGGGAACGCCGGCCAUCGACCAGGAGGGCGAGGAGGGAAGAAAAGCCAGGGAGGUGUGCUUUGUCAACAUCCAGCGGGAGCUCAGGAUUAGGGGAGUCUUCCUUCGACACGAGUACCCCAAAAUCUACAAUCAGCUGUGCGAGUUUGUGGAGAGCAACCGAAGGUUCACUCCGACAACCAUUUACCCGAUAGACAAGAGAACAGGGAAACAGUUUAUGUGCAUGAUCAUGGCUGCGUCGGAGCCGAGAACAUUAGACUGGGUGGACACGCCCCAUCUCUUGGAUGAUAUCAUUUAGAGCGCCAUCGGAUGGGAAUAAUCACAAUUUCAAGUACGGCAAAUGUACGUAUUGUAAAUACCAGCAAUUUGGAAAGUUCAAGAUUGUCGUGAAAGAAUUUGCAUUUGGGCAAUUUGCCUCGCUGGCCGUUAGCACACCUCCGUUGACCGACGACGCACAACAAACAGCCACAUUCGCUUUAGCCCUGCUUGAAUUUGCUUGCCGUCAGAGAAUUUAAUAGGGCGCAACAACGCAACCGUCCACGUGUUUGAGAUUUGAACUGCUCGGCGUUUCCGCUCCACAAUGUACAAAGCACACAACGUUUAUAGUUUUCUAUGUGCACAUCUUCUGGCAUCCACGGUCCACGUAGUAGACACGGCUAUGUCCCAUUUGCCAAAAGUCCCACUCGGUUCUAUCUGAAUAUGUCAACUAUACCCUGCAAUAGUAAUAUUACUCCUGGUGACCAGUAGUCAGAGUAUAUUCAUUUAGAAAACUGAAUUUGCGUGGCUAUUUUUCUAUCAGUCUUUUUAGUUACUGUUUUAAUAGAAAAUGAAGUACAAUCAAGACAGCCUUUUACUUUAAGAACAAAUUUUAGAUGAAACGAGUCGUGCUUGGAUGAACUGCUUUGUUUGAAAGUGGCCUUUACUUGAAAAUAGAUGUAUUUUAAAUAUAAAGCAAAGUACAAAUUUUAAGUCUUUUUUUUUCCCCUGUCUCAAGAGGUUGUAUUAACAGCCCAUUUAAAUCAUAGAUUUAUUUCAAUGAAAGGAUUUUAUUUUUCAUUCAGGUGUGUUAGAAAAAUUGCAGUUCAAUAUAUUUCAGCUGUUACAUUUGAUACUCAUAAAUAAGAAUACAGAAAGUUACCUUAUUGACCUAAAUCACUUGGAUAAUACAAACUAACCCUGCAGUAUAUUUUUAGACGAUAUGCAAUACCAGAGUAACGAUACAACAUAUCUAUAAAAUAUAAUAAAAUAGUGAUCACUACUGAAUGUCAUUUUGAACCAUAUUUUGUGAAUAUUCAUUUUGUUUGAACUGUAAGUGGAAAAAGUGGAAUGUUCCUGAAACGUCUGCAACACUGAACCUUGAUAUGAUAUGCCUGCUUCCAUUCU